AUGAGCAUCCUUGAUCCUAGCCCUCCCCGCCCUGGUCGAAAAGUCAAAGGCAAAUUUGACUUCACACCUAAACUUCCCUCUCUCUUCGAGACUAUCGAACCACGCCCUUCCGAAGACUCAUCUCCUGGCGACAAGGACGGUGGCUUUGGCUUCAUAUCCCUUGGCGAUUUCCUCGACACACUCCUCAACUCCAAGGAUCCCCAUCUCUCUUCAACCGCCACACAAUUCGCGCAGCGCCAUGCUGCAAACCUCAUCAACCUUCUUCACUCCCGUGCUCCCGACGCCACAGACGACGCCACAAUGAAGCUCCUCAUACCGAUUCUUCAGCGCGAAUGUCAAGCAGUGCAGGAUCUCCUCUCACGCGACUGGUUCAUCAAGGAUCAUGACCUACUGUAUGAGUUUUCGAUGGAGAGAUUGAGUUCGGAGCUGAAGAAGUGUGCACCCAUGCUCUGGAAGCUGUUAGAGGAGACAUCUCGAGCCGAUCUCAGUGCACGAGAUGCAGUACCAGUGCUCACUUCUAUUUGUGCGAUGCUUUCCGUUGUGCGCAAUGAGUGCGCAAAUGACUUUCAAGCCGUGAUGGGCCUGUUCUUACUCGCAUCCGGUACAUCUAAGCGCGAGCUCGAAGUCCUUGCUCACGCUGGCAUCUGCAUCUCUUACAGCUCUGUUCUUCGCCACGUCAAGAAAUUAUCGGAGGAGGGGACAAAAUACUACAUCAAAGUAAUGGAGAACGGGAUGUGUAUGCUCGUGUGGGAUAAUAUCAACAUUGCAGUCCGUGUUGGUGAGCAGCGUAUCCAUUCAGUCAACCACUUCGACAACGGUACCACCGCCACCCUCAUAAUCCUUUACGGUCCCGGCUUCUACCCUUCCCGUGUGCCACAUGGAACCCUCCCCAUUGAGACGAAGCCCGCUUGCACGUCUCGCCAGCCCAAGAUUGACUUCACACCCGAUCUCAUCCUUCCAUCUGCUAAGCACGCACAACAACUCACGGAAUCUUGCCUUUGGGAACUUAAGCAACUCGCGAUGGAGAGCAUCCCAGAGCUCCGUCGGUUCCAAGAUCAGCUCGGUAGUGCUCCAUCCAUCCUCCAGAUUCCUGUCCAUAAGACUGAACAGUUCCCUCUACCGGCCAUGAAGAUUGAUGAAUUGAGUCUCGAUGGUACCUUCGAAGUCAUUUCGGCUGUGAAAGAGAACCUCAAGAUUUCGAAAGGCUUUAUGGCCAAGCAUGGCCUUCUGUUCACUGACGGCGACUUGCUGACAUACCUCUUGAUUGAUAAGGCCGAAUCCGCUCGACGUAACAGCACAGAUGUUGACGAAACAUUGCGCUAUCUUGUCAAGCGCUUUGGACUAUUUCAUGCGAAGAUGGCCGGAGGUCGGAUGGUAACUAAUCAGUUCUGGGGAAAGCCCAAUUCGACGUGGCCCAGCAGCUUGUGGCGGGAGAAUCAUGUCCUCGGACGGAAGGCGAUGAUGGCGGGGUGGAAGGGCAAGAAGUCAAUGCCAUGGGCGCCUUCACACGAGCUGUUGCAGAUUUCAUUGCCAGCCCAUGUCCGUGACGCUUUCCAUCUUUUCUGUAAAGACGACGAGGUUACGACGUGGGCAAAGGCUACUUCGUUUGAAGAGUUUCAACGCGUUGCAGACAAAGUCUUUGCCGGUCUCUUCUCCAUGAAGGUUGUCGACCAACUUCGCUCUCUUCCCGAUGCAGAGCGGGAUCAUAUUUUUGAGAAUACUGUCCUCAACAACCGGGACACUCUUUUAUAUAUUGUCUUCGUUCGUGCAAUCAAGCGGGGGGACAUUGGGUGUGUUAUGAAUGUUCUCCGUGUCUGGAUGAUCAUGAUGCGAGGUGUAGGAGCGAUGCCAAAGAAACUCUUCCUCAUGAAUUGGCUGGUCAAUCUGACCGGAAAGGCUGGCGGUUUUAAAGAGGUUGAUCUCCUACAAGAACAUCAGAAUUUUUGGGCGAAGGUGAUAUAUGCAGCAAAAGGUACCAACAAGAGCUGGAAGUGGCUCUCAAUGAUCACCGUCUGCAUAUUCACUCUGCAUGCCACCAAAGAAAUCCUUGAACUUGCCGAUCUACUCCACAAGCACAAACUCCAGCAGUACCUCUCUGGGCGCCCCGGAAACAGCUUCGUCACCCCCGUUGACGAUCUCCUCCACCGUGGUGCUGAUUAUGCAAACACUCCUAAAGCAUACGCCGCUUUCCGACCACCUCGACACCAAGCUCAAAAUAUCGGUGUACCCGCCCCAGGUCCUGUUGAUUCCGCCACCUCUGAGCUCUUAGACAACCGUGAUAUUCCACUGGACGUGGACGACGACAACAUGGAUGUGCACGACGCAUCACUCGGUACAUCACGUGGUCCGACCGCCAACGAGACCGAAGAGGCUGGAUGGGAAGAUGAAGUGGCUGAUGAUGCUGCAGAAUUUGUCACUCGAGAAUAUCUUGAGAUGGAUGAUGAGGAGCGCUAUGACUUGGAGGAGGAGGUUAUGGGGCAGGCUUUAAGUAUGAUGAGGGAAUUUGAUGACAGUGGUUGGGAAGAGGUGUUGGACGAAGCGGAACAAAACAGUACAAUUUGA